AUGAAAGAGCUGACCCUUAGCGAUACUCCAUCUAUUGGAUACAAUAAUCUUGUCGUGGACUCCAAGACUGAUGUUAUGGCCUACGUUUCAAAUGGUCAAAUUGUUGCCAAGCCUUUGAAGGAAUUUAUUACAAACGGAAAGGUAGAUGAUAAUACUGUAAUUCAAAAUUUGUCGGAUUAUGAAGUAAAGAAUGUUGCUCUAUGUAUGGACGGAAAAUGUAUUGCAGCAACUUGCGAAAAGGGAGUGUUGUUUUAUGAAGCUAAAUCAUUCUCCCUCUUAUAUUUCUACAAAAUUGAUGGAGAAAUUACAUUUACUUUUACUGCUCUUGCUGGAAGUGGAACUAAACUCUAUGCAGGUGAUACCAAGGGAAACUUAUCGGUAUUUACUCUCAAUUCUCAAGAUUCAAUCAUGUUGGAGAGCUGUAAGAAUAUUUCCCUUUUUGAAAUUACAUCUGUAGUCUUCAAUGGAGAUCAUGUUUGUGUGGGAACUGCUAAUGGUGACGUUUUAAUUAUGAACUCAAAAUGUGAAACUAUUAAGUGUCACAAGAAUAAGGUAGAAGCUUUGGAAUAUCCAUGUUCAAGCUUGAAUAUUGUUGGAAAUGUUCUAAUCUCAGCCUUUGCAAGUGGACAUGUUAGAAUUUAUGACCUUGUUUCUGGAAAUAAGACAGCAGAACUUGGAGCUCACUCAAAGAGUGUCACUGCUCUUGCAUCAAAGAGUAAGGGAGGUGAAAUUGUUUUCGUUACUGUAUCUGAGGAUUGUUCAGUGUUUGUUUGGAGUUACAAUAACAAGAUUUCAGCUGUCAAGGGAGAUAGAAUUAAGGAUUCCAUGAUUGUUGGAGUUCAAUUUGUUGAUGAAAAUCGUCUCAUGUUGACAUGUUUCGAAAAGAAGGAUUGUUUCUUAAUGGAUUUGUAAUUUUAAAUAGUACUAAUGCAAGUAUUGAAAUAAACACAACGAGAAUGUGUUUUUGU